AUGGCCGAUUGUGAUAGCACCAUGGUAAGCCUGUACGAAGAAGGACCUGAUCCUAUGCCGGAUGACCAGCCCGAUCGUGUUGUUGUUCUUAUCGGUAGAACAGGAGCGGGAAAAUCCACCAUGGCGAACGUGCUGGCAGGUAAAGAGAAUCUUUUCGAUGAGUCUUCGAGAGCUAUCUCCAAGACGAUCGGAACGCCGAUCAAGCUGGUUGCGGUUCAUUUUGCAGGCACUCGCUAUGUGCUGAAGAUCGUUGACACAAUUAGCAUCGGCGCUACAAUGCUAAAUCCUGUUGACGUCCUCAAUCAGCUUGCUCGCAUUGCGAACAACUGUACCGGAGGAAUAAAUCAAGUGCUGUUUGUCACAUCCUCUCGCUUCACGAAGGAGGAGGAGGAUGCUUUCCACAUGAUGAAGAGCAUUAUAUUCCAGCCUGAAGUGCUGGCCUACACCAGUGUUAUUCGUACCAACUGCGUUGAGCAUGAUGAACCCGCAGCGGAUUUCAGGGUGAGAACAGACUUGGAGCAGCAAUCGCCCGUCAUGAAGCACGUUCAUAAGUUUCUCUUAGUCGACAAUCCUCCCACCGAAAGGGGAAUAACCCGUCAAAAAGCAAUGGAAGAUAGGUGCCGAUCUCGCCAGCGAGUUCUUGGACAUCUCAUAUUAAACUGCAGAGAGAUAUAUUUUCCAGACAGUCUGCAUCGCGUACAAGAGAGAAUCAAGGGCAUGAUGUACGAGGAAACGAAACUUCAACGGGAGCUAGAAGCAACCAAGAAGGAGCAAGCAGCAUUGCUGAAGGAGCUGGCCAGCAUUCAACGGACCAUGGAUACCCGGAGCAGACCAUGA